CUCCUUCAUUCAAAUACUAUAGAGUGAGGCAUCUGAUCAAAGUUCCAUCACAGAGUACGCUCUCGUUCGGAUCACUCGAAAUGCAUCUUCUCGACUUACCACUUGAGAUAUUCCGACAUAUUAUCGAGAUAUAUUUAAAUAGCCUACCAUUUCUGAUGGCUUCUGAUAUGAAAACCCACAACUUGUUAACAGGUUCUUUCAUCAAGAAAUGACACGAACUACUUGCAAUAUGCUCCACCGCUCGGCUCUACAAUAUUUCCCUACUCACUACCUCCAGCGCUGGGCAUUCACGAAAUACGGCGAUAAUUAUCUCGGUAACACUAUCGAGAAUGUCAGUUUACAAGCCAUGAAACACAACCGUUAUAGCGAAGCGGAAACUUCGGCUAUCGAUGAAGGAUACCGAAUCUCCUUGCUCGUAUCACAAGCAGCCAUCGAAUUCAUGGAUAAUGGGGUAUUUGCGGUAUCUAGCGUACUGAGAGGGAAACGAAAACCUUUGCGCAGUGACCGACACUGCCUAAGUGAUUUAGAUAUUAUCAUUCAAUUCGACGCGUAUGAUUUUGCCAAAUCAAUGGCAAACAAAUUUGGUCAGAAAAGUGAUGCACCAGAGCACGUUCUAUCUACAGCAGCCUAUCUGGGGGAUAUUUCCCUAGUUGAACAUUUCCUUGAACAGGGCGUGGAUGUGAACGUGCGAAGUAAUAUCAUUGGUCCGCCAUUGCGAAAUGCCGCGUUGAGAGGUCACUUGGAGAUUACAAGGCUUCUGCUAAAUAGAGGAGCCAACGCAGAUGAUGGGUGCUUGCCCGGAACUGAAGAAGGCUGGCAAGUAGUCAAGGAACAGUAUUGCAAGAAGACUUCUUUUGAGAAAUGGAUUCCUGGUCCCACUGAUUACCCCUAUACUGCUGUCGAGGCAGCGGCUCGAAAAGGUCACAAAGAGAUACUGCAACUUCUUCUGCAACCAGAAUUUGGCGUUUCAAGGUCAUCUUAUAGCUACCUGAGGUCAAUUACGUUUGCUGCUAUAGGAGGAGAUGCUGAGAUGUUUCGCAUUCUCACUGAGACUGCGAACUACAGCGCUAUUUCAGAGGAAACACUUCAGGAUCUCUGGUACUUCUCGCUCCGCCAUGCAGCAGUCUCAGGUAAUAUCGAAACCAUUCCCCUACUGUUAGAUAAAGGAGCAGAGAUCAACCGAGAACACAAUGACGAAGAUCAACUUGAAAGAAGCACGCCAUUAGGACGUGCUGCUUUCAAUGGCCGCAAUGAAGCCAUAUCACUGCUACUGCAAAAAGGGGCCGAUAUCAACGGCGGGCGUAUUUAUCCACUUUACCUGGCAAUUAAGAGGGGAUUUCGCCGGACUGUGGAGUUGCUGUUAGACCGGGGUGUUGGAGCCGAUUCUGUCGAAUCUACGUUUCUAGAAGUUGCAGUCCGGUAUGGCCGUUCAGAUAUCGUCCGAUUAUUCUUUGAAAAGUGUAUGUAUGAGAUGCCUGAUGGGUUUGAUAUUGAAGAAUGUGACAUGCACCGUCUGGGAAAACUGUUAAGUGUAUAUGUGUACUGAAAGUACUAUAGAGAAAACGGUGUCAAUUGGGGUACGCAUGGACAAUAUAAAUGAUAUUGUGGUGUAUAACUCUUCAUUAUCG